GGGGGGGGGGGAUCCUAUUCAGAGGUAGAGGGACGUGAGGACCGAUUGAAUCGAGGGAUGUUUAUUGUUUGUGUGUGUGUAUAGUUGCUGGCAGAUGAUUCAUUGUCUUUGCGUGUCUGCUGGAGUUGGAGCUUAUGGAUGCUGCGCCGGUGCUGAGAUGCUGAUGACAGGCCGAGCCUAUGAAAGCACCCUCUUGUAUCGUGGAUGGAGCCGAAAGCUGUAAGCUACAACAGUUGAAAGACGAUAAACAAUAGAGAUAAAGAGAGCAACAGGCCCGUUUGAUCCAGCCUGUAAGCGGGGCACCGUAGCGGCUGUGUGAGGAGCAGCAGCGGCGGUGGCGACAUGUUCUGAGCGGAGAGCCGGCGAGCGGCGGUGGGAUGAAGGCACCGAGGAGACCGAGGCAGACGCGGCUGCUCGCCCGGUUCUGCGUCUGUGGAGUCGGUCUGCUCGCAGCCGCCUGGGUCUUUCACCUCAAUGAUGUUACAGUCUCCCAUGGAACCACUGUGUAUCGUGACAUCUCCUUGUCCAAGAGAGAGCUCAUCCAGCAAAAAGAAGACAACAACCAGACUGGCAGUAUUUCUAAAUCAGGUGUCAGUGAUUUUCCUGAAGACAUCUUUACUCAGGAGCAGAGGAGACAGGGAGCUGUUCUCCUUCAUGCUCUCUGUGCUAUCUACAUGUUUCAUGCGCUGGCCAUCGUGUGCGAUGUUUACUUUGUUCCAUCACUGGAAAAAGUAUCAGAGAAUCUUCAGCUCAGUCAGGAUGUUGCGGGGGCAACCUUCAUGGCAGCUGGGAGCUCCGCCCCCGAGCUCUUCACCUCUUUGAUUGGGGUAUUCAUCACAAAGGGAGACGUGGGUGUGGGAACUAUCGUAGGAUCAGCUGUCUUUAACAUCCUGGUCAUCAUCGGCAUCUGUGGCAUCUUCUCCGGACAGCCCAUCUCUCUGAGCUGGUGGCCUUUGUUUCGCGAUGCUGUCUUCUACAUCCUGUCCAUAUUGGUGCUUAUCCUGGUGAUCUAUGAUGAAAAAGUCAUGUGGUGGGAGACCAUCAUCCUGAUCUCUAUGUACGGAAUCUACAUAAUCAUCAUGAAGUUCAACAGAUCUCUGUGUAGCCUGGUAGAGAGACACUGCGGGAGGGCGGGUCAGCCGUGUCUGGGCAGUCUGCGACGGACGACUGCUGUCGGAAGCGCUGGAGACUGUGACAACGACAUGGUACCGCUGAAACCAGAUUCGUGCGUGGUGGCCGGACAGGAUUCAGGGGUGGUGAUGGUGGAUGAGAUGCUUAACCUGCACCCCCACCAGCUCUCCUUCUCAGAGGCAAGCCUCCGCCUUCUCAUCACCUCACAUUUUCCCCCCUUCACCCGCCUGCGCAUGGCAGGACGCAUGAUUAUCAACGAGAGGCAGAGGCUGAUUCGUGCUCGAGUUGGCCCGGAGGAGGGGGGAGCUUCAGGGGAGGAAAGUGUGGGUGCUAACGGGGCAUGGGGGAGGGAGAACAGGACGCUGGCCGAGGGAGACACUCAGCCGCUGGAGGGAGAGAGGGAGAGGGGUAAAGAGAUGGAGGGGGAGACAGGUGGGGGAGCACAGCCUAAAGAGGAAGAGGAAGAGGAGGAAGAGCAGGAGGAAGGAGAGGAGGAUAACUCACCUUUCAAACCCUUCGUCCUGCCAGAUGGUUGGUGUGUGCGCCUGAAGUGGCUGCUCUCUUGGCCCCUGAGCGUCCUGCUUCACUGCACCAUCCCCGACUGCAGCCUGCCACGGUGGGAGAGCUGGUACCUGCUCACCUUCCUGUCCUCCACGCUCUGGAUAGCCAUCUUCUCCUACCUCAUGGUCUGGAUGGUGACCAUAAUCAGUUACACACUUGGAAUCCCAGAAGUCAUCAUGGGCAUCACUUUUCUGGCAGCCGGCACCAGUGUCCCUGACUGUAUGGCCAGCCUCAUUGUCGCCCGACAAGGGAUGGGCGACAUGGCUGUGUCCAACUCCAUCGGCAGUAAUGUCUUUGAUGUGCUGCUGGGCCUGGGCUUCCCCUGGGCGCUGAGGACUAUUGUAGUCAGCUAUGGAUCAGUGGUGACAAUCAACAGCAAAGGCCUGGUGUACUCUGUGAUUCUGCUGUUGGCCUCGGUCGUACUUACUGUCCUGUGUGUCCAUCUGAACUCCUGGAGGUUGGACCGUAGGCUGGGACUCACUCUCAUUCUGCUUUACGCCAUCUUUCUCCUCUGCUCCGUCGGCUUUGAGAGACUAUAGAGGACAAACACAAACACACACACACACACACACACACACACACUCCCCCAGGCACAUAGUCAUACAAAAGGACGCACAAACAAGUGGUCCUACUCCUUUUCCACCUUCACUGCUGCCAUUAUUAGUCAAAUGUACAGAUAGAUGAAUUUUUGUUUCAGUACACGGUGGCUGUACAUGUUCGAGCAGCGUUUCUGCGACACAGCUUCCCAAAAGCUGCAUUGUUUACCUUUGAUAAAUGAGAAUUUUACAUAGUUUUGUACCGGGCACCUCCGAUUUUGUGAAAUAAAACUGAUAAUGCACUAUGUCUCACAACAAUACAAGUAUUGCAUUUGUUUUCUGAAACCAAGACUAUUGUACAAGAAACCCCAAAGUGUGUUCAUUUACUUAUUAAUACUUUACGACUGCCACAAGUAACCUCAAUGGCCAGAUGAUUAUACAUGUAAGAUUAUGUAGUUGCUUCUCAGUGCGUGCAGAUAUUUUAUGUCAAGUUUAAUGUCAUGUUUUAAUCACGCCUUGGUGUGUGUAGUUGUGAACAACAUAGCAUGGCUGAUCAUCACGCUCCAGAUAAUUGCACUAAGCCACUGUUGUCCUGGCCUUGUACAUGAUGUAGCCCCAUACCCUCCUACCCUUUUUCCUAUAAGCUUCUCAGCACAGUUUAUGAGCUGGAACAAAGGCAACUGUAUGCUACAAGGUGUUUUUGAACAUCUGUGUUUGGAGAGAGUCCUUGAGUGUAUGUUGUUGAGUGCAAUAAUAAAACAUUUUGCUCUGUGA